UAAAAUUACAUUAAUGGGUAUUUCAUUGUGAUUAUAAAUGAUCCAAGUAAAUUCAAAAAAUAUGCAGUUGGUGAAAUAAAUUAACCAUGCAAUAGCAGUCUACAUGCAUUUCUACUACUAAUGAAACAAAAUUUUAUUUUUGUGCAGACUUGUUUGGAUUGGCUCCAUAUAUAUCCGAAGGGACUACAUCAAAUUGUGAUGCACCUAAAGGAUAAAUACAAGAAUCCCAAAAUUUACAUCACUGAAAAUGGUAUUGCUGAAGCAGGGAAUGACUCAACACCAGUCAAUGAAGCCCGAAAGGAUGGUAUCAGGAUUACAUACCUUGAUGGCCAUCUUAAAUUCCUUCUUCAAGCAAUCAAGGAAGGUGUCAAUGUGAAGGGCUACAAUGGAUGGUCAUUUUCAGACAGCUUUGAAUGGGAUGCUGGUUACACAGUUCGAUUUGGCAUCAUAUAUGUUGAUUUCAAGAACAAUAUGAGAAGAUACCCCAAGUUUUCUGCUUUUUGGCUGAAAAAGUUCCUUCUCAAGUGAUCUAAAAUUAUCCUUCAUUCCUUUGCCAUAACUAGUGUUUUUGUUGUUUAUUCCCGUAUAUCACUUGCAUCGGAUGUAAUCAAUAAAUUGUUGUUAUCAAAUAAAUCAUGCCUAAUGGAAUGACCAAGUAAAA